ACAAUCCCAAAUGCCUAUUUAAAUCCCUGAUCUUUAUGGUAGUACUGCUAUUUUUUUUUCCAGAUGUUUUUAUUUUGAAGGUAAAAACAUUUUGGUCCUUUGAUUCUUGACUGCUUGGUCAUUUUCUGCUAUCAUCAAAGCAUCCUCUAAGUAGAUGAUAAAUAUAUCUAUCCCUUAAAAUGGCAAGAAAGAAAACAGUUUGGGGGAAAGCCAGCAUAGAAGAACUGACUGCCAAAGGUAGAAGGCACUAAGAUGAGCAGAGGAUGUGACAGUCGAGGAUUAUGAACCGCUGUAAACUGUAAUGAAUGAGGCCCUGCCGGUACCAGUAUAGCUGGUGGCUAGAUAGGAAUUUCCGGCACCCAGCAGUAGAAAGAAAGGUGGCUGUGGGGAGCUACACAGAAGUGGCCCACAGCUAACCAAAUGUACCUGGGCUUUCUGAGAAGCUGUUAAUAUGUGUCAGGAGAUGGCCUGUGUUAGCGCCCACCAUGGGUGUUGAUCUCAUAGCAACUAUAAGAGAUGUGCCAGACCAGCUCACAGGCAAGGUGGCAAUUUUGACCAAGACAGCAUUAGUUAUAUUAAGCUGUAUCCCACCAAAGUCUUUUUGCAUAAACCUUGCCUCAUGGUAAGUUUAUGUAUUUGCAGAAAUAACUCUGUAAGCAGGUCAAAAAUCUUCUCUAAGCAAUUGUAGUACAUUGACUUGGAUUUUUUUUUUAACCUACUUACAAUUGCAAUUAAAUUUUCAGUAAGAAAAAUUUCUAGUAAGGAAUUUUUUUGUUGCUUUACUAAGGAAAUUAAUACCCCCAAGCAGAGCUCCCAGGAAUUUACCUGCAGUUAAAUGUUGGGAUUGAUGUCUACUAUAUAGAGAGGGAAAUCGUGUCUUGCGAAUCCUGUAGCUGCUCAGUUCCAAUGAAUCAGAACCAGGUUCAUCUUCAGAAGUAAUGGUCAGGAAAACUUCAGGAAAGGAAUAGAUGCACAGAGUGCCAUAAAACCCCGCACUUAGCAACUGAAAACUUCAAGCUUUUAGAUUAAUAGAACACCAAGACAUUAGCUAAAGCGUUUAUACCAGAAUGCUGUUUUCCUCAGAAUAUCUGCUUGAUAGAUGAUUUCAAGUCAACUAGAAUUUUAGCUUUGGAAUUGUAGCUUUGGAAGGUAUAGCCUUUAACUUGGAUCUGUGCUACUCCCUGGGACAUAACAAUCAGAAACAUACAGGGUUUUGGUUUUGGUUUGGUUUUUUUAUGCUUUAUUUUUACAUAUGUUUUAUGAAUGAUUUGAGAUAAAUACAUGGCCAAUAUUCAAAUAGAAGCCAAGAAACUAAAUAAGGUGGGAAUGAACAGGUGUCAGUGUAGCAAUACCCAGUGACCUAGCAAACAAAGAUAACACUGUAAUAAAAAGUGAUAACUGUAUGACGCUCUGAUGGUUUUCAGAAAGAUUUAAGAGCCAAGCCUGAUACUGGAUACACUGUACACACUAGGGAACUCAACAUAUAUUAAAAUAAGUCUUAUAUAUAAAGAACCACAAAAUAGGUAUAAGUGAAAUACCAAGAGUAAAUUGAUUAAUUCUUAAAGGGAAAGUUUUAAAGUGAAAAAAUAUUUGAAAGAUACUCAACCUUCAAAUGAUCCAAUAGACACAAAAUAUAAGCUCUUUCACCAAUUAGGUGGCAAAUGUUUAUUAAUUAUUUUGAACUCAGAAUGAAAACUUCAAUUAAACUAACAAGGAAGUAAGUAUUCAGUAAAAUGCCAUAGGAUAAUAACUUGGUAUAACUGUUUUGGAAAACUACUAUACAGGUAAAUUACAGCCUCCGUGACAUGUCAGUCAUUUAAAAUUCGUUAUGUAAGCCUCUCCCUUCCCUGCCAGCUCUGUUGGGCAUUUCUUCAACAAUUGGGCUCUGUUUACUGCGAAACACCUGUGGUAGAGUUUACCAUUAAAGGAGUUGUUGUAUUUGGUUGGAUAUCAUUUCAGUUCAUUCUCUGUUUACCGAAAAUAUGCAGUUUGCACCUGCCAAAAUUUAGCAUUUGAAUUGUUCGCAUUGGCUUCUUUCCUAAACAUGUAUAAGCCUUCUCACAUUUCAUUCAUUGUCGAGAAAUAUUAGACUUUAAGAAAGAGAAAAGAAAGAAGGAGAGCAAAUACAGAGAGAAAUUCAAAUUUCCCAGUUGAGCGAUAGCGUAUCUACAGGUGUGAGCCCUAUGUGUUCAAAUGAGCUUUUCUUACAAAGCAGCCCAUUUGCACAUUUCUUUACUACUAAAUGACCCCGCAGCCACUUUGGGUCAGCUUAGGAGUCUGCCUUCUUGGAGUUUUUUGAGAAAGGGUCUCACUUUGCAGCCUAGGCUGGCCUGGAACUUGUGCCAAUCUUUAGAAUUCAUUUUUAAAUGAAAUCGUUUGUAGACCAAUAGAAAAGGUAUGUCUUGGCCAAUUGCAACAAUUUUCAUUUCCAAGGAAGUUCUUAAAAUAAAUGCCCAUUUUCAAAUGAGAUAAAUAUGACAAAGGGAACUUGGUGACCAUUAAAAUGUUAGAGGGCUGACAUGCCAUUGUGUAUUUGUAUGUCUGUGUCUGUGUGUGUGUGUAUACCCUCAAACACAAGCACAUACCUGUCACAUAUCAAUAGUUAAUCUCUUAACAACAAAAUGGGGAUUAAGCCUCAUAAUAUUCAAUAUUAUAUCCAUUCAGUAGAUAAACUGAGGACCCAGAAAGAUAAAUACCUGUCUUAAGGUCAUAAAUAGUGACAGAAUUUGGAAGUGGACAAUAUAGUUAAGCCUUGACUUCUUAGAAAUUUUAUGAACUACAACUGGACAGAACUACUAAAUAUCUGUGGAUCCCCUUACAGCGGCAUGGAUGUUUGUUUUUCUUUGGAAAUAAGUGAAGUACAUAUUUAUCACUUGUGUUUUCUGGGGGAAAUCCCUUUUAUAUUUAUUUCACAUUCGCUCACACACACAUUUUCUUUAAGUUUGGAGUUCAGUGUUCACCUUACUAUAAAGGCCAUACUGCAGAAUAAACAUCUUCAACCAAUUCAUUUUUCCUGGGAUGGGCACUUUGCCUUUGUUAUUUUCCCUCAAGCCAAAAGCAACCAUUCUGAUGUUACUCAGGACACUUGUUUGGGAUAUCACGUACAUUGCAGGAGAUGUUUAGCUGUCAAAAGCCAUAAAUAACCUGACCUCUAACUUUAAAUAAUUCCCUUGGAUGCUCUACAUGUGCAUAGUUCUACUCUGCGAUAACAGUAUCAGUUUAUUUUUUUAGUCUAUAUUUUCUUUUCUUUUUUUUUUUUCCCCCAGACAGGGUUUCCCUGCAUAGCCCUGGCUGUCCUGUAAAUCUCUGUGUAGACCAGGGUAGCCUCAAACUCAUUCUAUAUUUCUUUCUAUUUACUUAAAAAAAAAAAAAACUACUUAGCAAACUCUUAGGACCACAAAAAAGCGGUAUAUUGAUUGCCUUUAAAUGUCUUACAUUUUUGUUUACCAGUAUACCAGUAUCUAACAUUAGCACAAAGUAAUUGGCAUAAUGGCUUCUCAAAUUGCUGGUUACUCGUUUUAUUCCUUAGACCAGUGUCUUCUAUGAAGAAUGUCCUAACUUACCUAGUCUUAGCAGCUAAGAUGGUAAACAGUGCCCUCCUCUGUGACCGCUUUGUGCAAGCACUCGCUGAGUGCCAUGGACACAUUUCUGCAGUUGUUUUCCAACUGUGUCGAGAUGCUCAGUAAGUGCCACUCGGUGGUGGAAAUUCGAAGCUUGCCUUUUCAUUUAACAGAAUAUGGGGAAAGAAUUAAAAUUCCCAAAAUGACUCUCAGUUCCACCAGUACCCUUUUCUGAGACCUUUUAGCCUUGGAAGUUUAGGGCAACAAAAUAAUUUUCUUGAAAACAAUUUAAAAACAUCCGAGAAGUCGGUACAAAUACUAUUUUCCUAUUGAACCCCCUUUACCUGUCUUUCACCCCUCCCCUCAUAGGAUUCUGAUGAAUAGGCACACUGCAUGUCUAAAUCUUACUAGCCACCUCCUACUCAAGAUUCAUACUGGAUUUUGCACUACAAGACUAGAUGGGGUUGAAAAGAAAUGGAUUGAAAAUACCUGUGCUGUAUUUGAGAUGAUUAUUAUUAGGCCCUGCAUAAAUCCCGCCCCUUGCCUAGGUGUGGCCACUCUCCCUCCUGUUUCCACUAAGGCUUAAUUAGGAAAGUAGCUCAGAUGUAUAAGUUUACCAUUUAUACAGAAAGAGCUCUGCAUGGUGACACAGCUAAAACACCUGUUUCCGACUGAACUCUCAACAGCAAGGUAUGUAAUAAAAUAAUACCCUCUAAGUCAUUAGUCUAUCAUUAGGGAGGAAGGAGAGACAUAGAAAAGAUAGUCACCUUUUAUAGAUUCAAUCAAUUAUUAGAUUUACAGGAAAGAACACUUCUCUGUGAUUUCAUUUCUCUCUUUAAAUUUUCCGUGGGGAAAUAAGCAUUACAAAGUUUCCCACUGCGCUGUGGUGGGAUUACAACUUGAAUAAAAAAGAUGCGUCAUCUGAACCAGCAGUCCUUUAAUAUGUGGUGAUUACGAGCAGUGGAAUACAGGUCCUCAAAAGAAACUUACUUUGUUUAAAAAGGAAUGACAAAGAUCAUAUUUUUAACCUUAAUUUUUAUUGAUUUCCCUCAAAGUCUAAAGUGCCAAAGAAAGAGAUCGAAAACACAGCAAUUGUGAACUUAACUGUUGAGGGGCCUUUUGUUGUUUGUGUUUUUUGUUUUGUUUUGUUUUGGGUUUUUCGUUUGCUUCUUUGUUUUAGUUUUCAAUUUUUUUUCCUGCUUCAUGGUGUUUAUAUCAAAAUCAGAAAUCAGAGCUGCCUCCAAAGAGUCACAGCUGAAGGAAAAUGUUUUUAGAACUUGUAAAUCUGUGGUCCCAGAAAACAACUAUGAGUUCCUAAAAUAGUAGCCUUGAAAUUGACAUUUCAUUGAGGGCCAUGUAUUCAUUGCUGUUCUCUUCAACAAGGAACUUCCCUAGACACGGUUCUGUGAACUGGAGUCUGCACUCAGCAACUUCCAAAGGCUGGGAGGGCUGAGUUAAGGACUCUUGCCUAGAGCAACAACAGCAUGCCUACCAAACCCUUCCCUGACUCUUAGCCUCCAGGGCUGUGGAAGAGGACCUUGUGUUAAAUGACUCCAGUUGUAGUGAUUUGUUAGGGUAGCCCUAGAAGAUUAAAAACAGAUUGAAAUUAGUAAUUGUAAUUGAAAUACAAUUUAAAGCUUACUGGCUGCAAAGAUACCAUAAUAGGGAAGGGAGUAUUCCUAGGGCAAGGCUCCAAAGAUCAUCUGGCAUGUAGUGACUCUAAAAUUUCUGCAAAUUUGGGAAGGUGAAUUGCAUAAUUUAUGGUAGUGGAGCCUAUGUUCAUAUGAGCUCUCCCCUGAGGAGAGAGAGAGAGAGAGAGAGAGAGAGAGAGAGAGAGAGAGAGAGAGAGAGAGAGAGAUGCUGGCCAUUGUGGUAUAAAUGGUGUACCGUCAUGAAAACAAAUUAUGUUUUACUUGUUUAUAAAAACCAUUUUCCAAGAGAGUCAUGCGUCCAUUGUAUGGUUAAUCAAGGAGAUUUUCCAAGUACUUUUUCUUCGUUGAUAAACAAUAUCCCUAAAACAGCUUGAGUUCUUAAAACUUGAAAAACUUAUUUUCCUUGUCAAGACUUUGUGUGUGAGCAUAUUGGUAGAAGUUUACUUAAAUGGGUUAUACAUCUGUUCUUUCCAAUUCUAGAAGACACUCUGGUUAUUGGGGACCUGUAGUGGAGUAGGAAGGAUAUGACAUUCUGGUAAUUUUACCACUGUGUGUGUGUGUGUGUGUCUGUGUGUGUGUGUGUGUGUGUGUGUGUGUGUGUAAAAGGUGUUUUCUCCAUCUAUGGCAAUUACCAUAUUUUAUUUUGUGGCAUUAAUGUAAUCUUCACAUUUAAUGAAGAUUACCUACAAAAUUCAUCACUGCUUAUUAUCAGGCAUUUUCACACCUUGUGUUUUAAAAUUAGUAUCGUGUGUAAUGCCCGGGGAAGUGUCUGAUUUUAAUUUUUCACCUGAGUAAUUUGUUGGUUCCAAGAGCUGAACCUGGAAGGGAGGCUGGUCCAGAGCUGAACCUGGAAGGGAGGCUGGUCCAGGAAGGUUUUGAAUAUUGGAAACUGGACUGCAAUGUAGAGAUGGCAGGCAUGCAAAAACAAGCAACUGACAGGGAAGAACAUGGAGUAAUUUUAUAGAGUGCUGAAGCAGUACCUAACCAUGUUUGUUUCUCUCCGUGUUAACUACUGGAAAGUGUAGUGUCAAAUGUGAGCUCCCAGUCUGCCAUUUCUCAUUGUGGGGGGGUUUAGUCUGUAACAUCAUGUAGAACACUGAUUUAACUAAUACUGAGGCAUUGCUCCUAGUGGAGCAGGGGUAGGUUCCUACAAGACUGCUUUCAUUCACAAGUAAUACAUGACCUCACUUUGUAUGUUCUUUUUGUUUACAGACAUUGUUUAUUGGAUACGUAUUUUUCAUUGGCUCUCAUUGAACUGUUAGGUGUGGAAGUAUAUAACUUUGGAGAGGAUGCUGGUGCUAAAUUGCUCCACCAAAUUACUUACACUGGAGAAAAUGUUGAAGAGUCAUUUUCCUGAAUCACUCAAGGUUUAUGGAGCAGUGAUGAACAUAAAUCGUGGGAAUCCCUUUCAAAAGGAAGUAGUAUUGGACUCCUGGCCAGACUUCAAAGCUGUCAUCACCCGACGACAGAGAGAGGCUGACACAGAUAACCUUGACCAUUACACUAAUGCAUACGCUGUGUUCUACAAAGAUGUCAGAGCUUACCAACAGCUAUUGGAAGAUGGUGAUGUUAUUAACUGGGACCAAGUUUUUCAAAUACAAGGGUUGCAAAGUGAAUUAUAUGCUGUUUCCAAAACUGUUGCCAAUGCAAAGCUAUUGGAUUUGGAUAUAAAGCUGGCUUCCUUCAAGGCUGUCCAUUUUAAUCCUGUUUCAUCUGUGCCAGACCACAAUUUCCUAAAUGGGCCUUCCCCGAGACUCACCUACCUGAGUGUCUCAGAUGCUGAUCUCCUCAACCGGACCUGGUCUCGUGGUGGCAAUCAGCAGUGCCUGCAGUACAUAGCUAAACUCAUCGCCUGCUUUCCCAGUGUGUGUGUGCGCGAUGAGAAGGGAAACCCGGUGUCCUGGGGUAUCACAGACCAGUUUGCCACCAUGUGUCAUGGCUACACCCUACCUGACCAUCGCAGGAAAGGUUACAGCCGACUGGUGGCCCUCACCCUGGCCAGGAAGUUGCAAAGCCGGGGAUUUCCCUCCCAGGGAAAUGUCCUGGAUGACAACACAGCCUCUAUAAACCUCCUGAAGAGUGUCCAUGCUGAGUUCUUGCCUUGUCGUUUCCAUAGGCUUAUUCUCACCCCUGCGGCCUUCUCUAGACAAGCUCAGCUUUAGCUCAGAGAAACUCCAAGAAUGUUCUCUUUUUCCCUGGACUCUGGUGGCUGGGGUCCCAGUAGCUGUGUCUCAGAUAGAGGGUGUAUGUCUUCUGUUAUGAUGCACUUCAGGGAAAAAGUCUGUAAAGCCAGCCAUUCCUGGACUAAGAGAAAGAGUGAUUUAACCUGGGGUCAUUGGCCUUCUGCUCCAUAGUUUCCACCCAUGCCAGUCCCUACUUUUUUAAAAACUCCUGCUCCCAGCUGCAUGUCUGACCAACCUAUCGGAGCUCUUGGUAGAGGACCUGCCAUUUUCCCCUUCAGUGACUGAUUGCUGGUACUGAUGGUGACAUUAAGCUAUAGUUCUUCCCUGGAGUGUGCCUAUGGAGUGGUUCUCACAGCUUCCUGUUUAUCAGAGUCUCCAGGAGGAGAGGUUGCAGCCCAGAUUCUGACUCCUCCCCCAUAGCUCCUAAUGCAGUGAACACCUGGCAGGGUCUGAGAAUUUGCAUUUUCCAGUUUUCCUUCUCAUUGGUCUAGGAUGGAUGAACAACUGUCAUCAGAAGACCAAACCUUACCCAUGAACCAUUCCAGACACCUGGACUAUAAUCUGAUCUUUCAUGAAAACCUGAAAUUCACAUACAGGUGUAUAUGAAGUUAUAAAAAUGGCAUAUAAGAUAUGUUGCAUCCAUAUUUUCAAUAGGCAUAUGUUUAUAAUCCUAGAAUUUUUAUAUAUAAUUAAUUUAAUCUUAUUACAAUGAAGAAAUUUGAAAUCUAGAAACAAUAAAUGCUUCACUCAAGAUUAUGUUUAAAACGAUAGGUACUGGAAAACCAGAGUUCUGCAAUUUUUAUUUUAGUUCUCAAAUAAUUAAA